AUGGCAAUCAAACCUAUCACCGGAAUGCUCCGAAGGGGCCUCGUCCUCGACCUUAGCGUCGCUUUCGGUCUCGGAACAUCAUUCGGCUAUCUAUUCUGGUACGGAUACCACGUCCCAGCUGUCCGCAGACGCGAUCUUUUCUACUCAAAACUCGAAGAUCAACGAGCAGCAAACGCGGCGGCAUAG